AUGUCCCCUACAACUCCUGAUACCCAGCUCCUUAUAGUGUCCAGAAAGUCUGGACUCAGCAACACCCAAUGUCCUCUCAUCAAGGUCCACGAGGCUUCUGCUGGCGGUGUCUGGCCGGCGAGGUCGUACAACCUCGCCGACCAGGAGGAUUCCCUCCUCGGCCGGCGAGGUUGUACCGUCAACCCUGGUCGACGAGGUUGUACAACCUCGUCAACCAGGACGAUUCCCUCCUGGCCGGCGAGGUCGUACAACCUCGCCGACCAGGAGGAUUCCCUCCUCGGCCAGCGAGGUUGUACCGCCGACCAGGAGGGAUUCCUCCUGGUCGACGUGUAG